AUGACCGGCGACAGGAAGAUCAAAGAAGCUGUAGACAGGAUCAGCAACUUACCAGAUGAGAUCCUCCAACAACACAUACUCUGCUAUAUUCCGACCAAAGUAUCCAUCAGCACAUCCAUCUUGUCAAGACGAUGGAGGCAUGUAUGGUGCAAUAUACCUUCUAUCUCCUUAGAUGUGGAUACACUGACUGCCGCAUCUGUAAACGAAACCCUAAAUCGCUACACAGCUCUCAAGACGAAGAGUUUUCACCUCAAAACCACCAGGAGGAAGAACAUUCCCCACGUUGACAGGUGGAUCAGUUCUGUCAAACAAAUCAACAUUAAGUUAAGCUAUUCUCAUACGAUUGUUCCUCUUGAGUGUACUGUGUCUUUGACAUCGUUACAGAAGUUAUCUUUGAGUUGUUGUACUCUCUUUGAUGAAUCCUUAGCUAAGAUUCUAUCAGGUUGUCCGGUUCUUGAAAACUUAACGUUGUAUCACUGCGGCGAACUAAAGGUUCUUGAUCUUACCAAAUCAAAACGUCUGAGAACUUUACAAAUAAGACGUCACGUGUCGGUGCCAGGGCCAACGCAUAUUGUGGCACCACACAUCCAUUGUCUAAGAUUGCUAAACUCUCAAUUAUCAUGCACUUUUGUUGAUGUGGCUUCUUUAACCGAAGCUAAACUGGACAUUUGUUAUGUCCCAAUGUUCUUUAACUUAAAGGCUGAUUUUCUCCAAGUCAUGGUGCUAAAGAUGCUAGAAAAGUUGCAGAACGCAGAGACGCUUUCCUUUGGGGAAAACUUUAUUCUGAUUUUAUCUCUUGCUGAGAUUCGUGGUGUUCCUUUUCCCAUGUUCAAGGUCAAAGCAUUGACUCUUGAUACAAAGAUCUCUCAAUAUGUUAUUCCUGGUAUGGAAAGACUGUUACAAAACUCUCCUGAAUUAGAGAAGCUAACAGUACGUGCUAGGAAUUUCAACACCUUACUGGAGAAGCAUCUUGACAAAUACUUGGAAUUGCAAGGCUUUAAUCUGAACACAUGCUGGAGAUCAAAAGAUGGAGACUCUUGGAACAAGUGUUGUGUGUACGCAAAAUCAAAGCAUUUGGCUUCAUUAGUGGAACUUGUGCUUAACAACACAAAGAAACUAAACAAGAUGGUCGUACAGUUGGAUGAAAAUUACCUUAAGUUUAAAAUUGAAGACGUGGUUCCAAGACUUCGUCGCAACAAAAAUGUCAACGUUGUGCUCUCCACUACCAAGUUGAUGGCAUUAGAAAAGUGGUGA